AUUGAGUGAAAUCGAGGGUGCCGAGGGCCUUUGCAGACUGUACAGGGCAGCGCACGAGUGAGGCUGGUGAGCUCCGGACGGCCGGAGAGGGCGGGCAGGGUCGGUGGCUCCGGCGGCCCGGCCGCACCCCGCGGCCCUUCGGGGGUCCGCCCCGCUCGCUCCGCCCGGCCCCCCGCCUCCCCUCCCGGGUCCGAGGCCAGCGAGCAGGCUGUGGGCGGGCCGGAGGCCGCAGGGGGCGUGCGGCGGCGGCAGGAAGGGGCGGGGGGCUCCAGAGCACCGCAGGAAGAGACCGACCCACCGACCGCCGCCAGCCCCGCGCGUCCCACCUCUGGAUCCCGCCAUGUGGGGUCUCCUGCUCGCCUUGGCCGCCUUCGCGCCUGCCGUCGGCGUGGGUGUGGGGGCGCCCAGCACCUCCGUGCUGGGCCUCGCACCGCCCGCGACCACCGGGGCCCCGAUCUCGACCCCGGCCCCGCGGAGCAGCCCGGCACAGCCGCCCGCAGAGAAGAAUAACGGGACCUCAGAACAACAUGUCCAGUUUCGCAUCAUCAAAAAGAAGAAGAUUGUUAUGAAGAAGCGAAAGAAGCUAAUUCGCCCCAGACCGCUGGUGACUGAUAGGCCUCCAGUGACCACCAGCCCUGCAGAGGCCCUUGACCUCCCCGAAAAGCAAGAACCAGGCUGUCCCCCUUUGGGCCUGGAGUCCCUGCGAGUUACAGAUAACCAGCUCGAGGCAUCCAGCAGCCAGUCCUUUGGUCUUGGACCACACCGAGGACGGCUCAACAUCCAGUCAGGCCUGGAGGAUGGUGAUCUAUAUGAUGGGGCCUGGUGUGCUGAGGAGCAGGAUGCCGAGCCGUGGUUUCAGGUGGAUGCUACGCACCCCACCCGCUUCUCGGGCGUUAUCACACAGGGCAGGAACUCUAUCUGGAGGUACGACUGGGUCACAUCAUACAAGGUCCAGUUUAGCAAUGACAGUCGGACCUGGUGGGGGAGUAGGAACCGCAGCAGUGGCAUGGAUGCGGUAUUUCCUGCCAACUCAGACCCAGAGACACCAGUGCUGAACCUCCUGCCUGAGCCCCAGGUGGCCCGCUUCAUUCGCCUGCUGCCCCAGACCUGGCUCGAGGGAGGCACGUCUUGCCUCCGGGCAGAGAUCCUGGCCUGCCCGGUCUCAGAUCCUAAUGACCUAUUCCCUGAGGCCCCUGCGCUGGGAUCCCUUGAUCCUCUGGACUUCCGGCAUCACAAUUAUAAGGCCAUGAGGAAGCUGAUGAAGCAGGUGAACGAGCAGUGCCCCAACAUUACCCGCGUCUACAGCAUCGGGAAGAGCCACCAGGGCCUGAAGCUGUAUGUGAUGGAAAUGUCGGACCAGCCUGGGGAGCAUGAGCUGGGGGAGCCUGAGGUGCGCUACGUGGCCGGCAUGCAUGGGAAUGAAGCCCUGGGGCGGGAGUUGCUCCUGCUCCUGAUGCAGUUCCUGUGCCGUGAGUUCCUGCGAGGGGACCCACGGGUGACCCGGCUGCUCACCGAGACGCGCAUUCACCUACUGCCCUCCAUGAACCCUGAUGGCUAUGAGACUGCCUUCCGCCGGGGCUCGGAGCUGGUGGGCUGGGCAGAGGGCCGCUGGAACAAGCAGGGCAUUGACCUUAACCAUAAUUUUGCUGACCUCAACACACCACUUUGGGAAGCAGAGGAUGAUGGGCUGGUGCCCGACACUGUCCCCAACCAUCACCUGCCACUGCCCGCUUACUACACCCUGCCCAAUGCCACUGUGGCUCCUGAAACGCGGGCAGUGAUCGACUGGAUGGAGCGGAUCCCCUUUGUGCUGAGCGCCAAUCUCCACGGGGGUGAGCUCGUGGUGUCCUACCCAUUCGACAUGACUCGGACCCCGUGGGCUGCCCGCGAACUCACACCCACCCCAGAUGAUACCGUGUUUCGCUGGCUCAGCACCGUCUAUGCAGGCACUAAUCGGGUCAUGCAGGAUCCAGAUCGCCGACCCUGCCACAACCAGGACUUCUCCCUGCAUGGCAAUGUCAUCAACGGGGCUGACUGGCACACCGUCCCUGGGAGCAUGAAUGACUUCAGCUACCUACACACCAACUGCUUUGAGGUCACUGUGGAGCUGUCCUGUGACAAGUUCCCUCACGAGAAUGAGCUGCCCCAGGAGUGGGAGAACAACAAAGAUGCCCUCCUCACCUACCUGGAACAGGUGCGCAUGGGCAUUGCGGGAGUUGUGCGGGACAAGGACACGGAGCUCGGGAUUGCUGAUGCUGUCAUUGCUGUGGACGGGAUUAACCAUGAUGUGACAACGGCAUGGGGCGGGGAUUAUUGGCGCCUGCUGACCCCAGGGGACUAUAUGGUGACUGCCAGUGCUGAGGGCUACCACACAGUGACACGGAACUGCCGGGUCACCUUUGAAGAGGGCCCCAUGCCCUGCAAUUUCCGCCUCACCAAAACUCCCAAACAGAGACUUCGAGAGCUGCUGGCAGCUGGGGCAAAGGUGCCCCCAGACCUUCGGAGGCGGCUGGAGCGGCUGAGGGGACAGAAGGAUUAACACCUCCAGCUGAAGAGCCCCAGAGCCUUGGGCAGGCUGGACCUGUCUAGAACUGAGGGAGGGGGGUCGGGAGUGGGGAGGGAGGGACAAAGUGGGGGAAGAGGUGCUUGGACUCAUUAAAGCUACUUGGUACGUCAGC